GCGCGGCGCGGCGCGCCGCGGUGACGUCACCGAGCAGCGCCGCAAUGGCGGCGCCGAAGGUGAAGCAGGACAUGGCCCCGCCGGGCGGGUACGGCCCCAUCGACUACAAGCGGCACCUCCCGCGCCGCGGCCUCUCAGGGUACAGCCUGUUCGCGCUCGGCAUCGGGAGCCUCCUGCUGGGCUACUACACCCUCAUCAGGUGGAACCGCGAGCGCAGGCGGUUGCUGAUCGAGGAGCUGGAGGCUCGCAUCGCGCUGAUGCCGCUGCUGCAGGCGGAGUCGGACCGCAGAACUCUCCGGAUGCUGCGGGAGAACCUGGAGGAGGAGGCCAAGAUCAUGCGGGACGUUCCGGGCUGGAAGGUGGGCGAGUCCCGUUUCCACACGGAGCGCUGGGUGCCCCCCACGCUGGAGGAGCUCUACUUCCUGCGGCCCCGGGAGGAGCUGGAGCGCGAGAAGUUCGGGCUGCAGAACUACGUCUGACCCCAAACCCCAAACCCAACCCCAAACCCAAAACCCAACCCCAAACCCAACCCCAAACCCCAAACCCAACCCCAAACCCCCAAACCUCAAACCCUGCCUUUCCCAGCCCUUCCCACUGCCUUCCCCAACUUCCCUCCCUUCUCCUGUCGCUCUCCAGGCUGUUUCCCCCAUCCCGAGCUUGUUCUGACUCCUGUUCAUUAAUAAUUAAUAAAUGAAUUAAUAAAUGAAUAAAUAAA